UAAAGGUGUCUUCUCUGCGUUGAGUUCGUGCCUUUUCCGUUUCGUCUUGAUCUGCACUUUACCGAUUUUAGUAUGCACUCACUUCUCGGCGGGAGCUCCGGCGGCGAUGCGGUGCUCGAUCUCAUCCGCGAGCACCUCCUCGCCGACCUCCCUCAGGCGCCUUCCUUUGACACUGCAUCCUUCAGCUUCCCCUCGCCGGCCGCCCCCAUGAUCAGCUUCGCCGCUCCCGAUCCGACGCUUUCGACCUCAGAUCCGUGGUCCUCCCUCAGCGUCGCCACACCCUCCUCCCGAAACAUCGACCGGGCUUCCUAUGCGGAGGAGGAUCGCGCUCCCUCCGGGCGGCGGUACCGCGGCGUCCGCCUGCGCCCGUGGGGCAAGUUCGCUGCGGAGAUCCGCGACCCUAGUCGCCGUGGCUCUCGCGUUUGGCUGGGGACCUUCGACGCCGCCGUGGACGCCGCCCGAGCCUACGACCGCGCCGCCUUCCAGAUGCGCGGCCGCAAGGCCAUCCUCAACUUCCCCAACGAGAUCGGCUGCUCCGCCGGACAAUCGGCGGAUCCCCUCCCUCCCACGACGCCUCCGUCUCCGGCGUCGGGGGGGAAAAGGAAAAUAUCGACGGAGACGGAGGAAUCGAGGAAGGUGAAGAAGGAGCGAUCGGCGCAUGCGGAGGCGGUCGACGACCUCCUCCUCGUCCGACCCUUGUCGCCUUCGAGCUGGAGCAGCGUGUGGGAUGUGGAGGAGGAGAGCACGGGCGGGUUGUUCGGCGUGCCGCCGCCGUCGCCGAUUUCGCCGCGGUUCUUCGCCCAAUUGCUAGUGAACUGCUGAGAGUUGAAAAAUCAAAUUCAAUUAACCGUCGACAACAAAAAAUAAAUUAUUUGUAAUAAAUAAGCGACUUGAAUGUGUUUAUUUGUCUUGUUCAACGCCCAUGUGGCUACAUCAAGCUAAUCGCAAUCGAAUUGAAUGAGUUCCAGACAAA